AUACAUAUAGACAAUUUAAGGGAAAUAGCUUAAGCAUUGACAAAUGACUAUCGACUCUGCUAGGACCAUUACCUGAGCGAACGUCAGCUAGCGCCCGGAGCGUAAAUUGCCACCGUGGCGCACCUUCAAGAACUAUCCGGCCUGGUCGCUUUGAAUUGUCCUGAAGGUUGCACUUCCUUUACGCUGGAUAAAGGUAGACCGAAAGCCUGUAGCCGGGCUUCUGGCGCCACAUGGGCGGCCGGAAGAAAAGCGACGAUGGCGACGAUGGACUGCCUAAGAUCAAGAAGCCAAACAACUUCUGGGCCCCCUUCAACACUUGGUGGCGUGAGCACCAUGAGCGCACUGGAAACAGGGCAACUGUCCUCGAAAUGCGCCAGUGGUAUGCCCAAAACGCGCAUACCGUCUGGCCACCGGAUAUGAUGCCUUCUGUGGAAGAUAUGCUCAAGAUUGCAAAGGGCCUGCGCACCAUUAAACAGGUCCAAGCCUACUUCAGGUCAUACAGGCGGAACCUCAAGACACGCAAGGAAGGGGACCCUCUCAGCCCGGACGGCGGCAUCCGCAAAGCAGCUCCUCGUCGCCACCCUGGGACCUCCCGGGGCGUGGGAGGCAUGCCGCCCGGCAGCUUCCUCGCUGCCGUGCACCAGGCGGCCCAGCUGCAGCAGCACCUGCAGUAUCAGCCAGGAAGCGCAGGCCGACCGGGCUGCUCGGGAGCCACAACUCUUGGAACUCAGGACGCCCAGGAUUCCCAAAUGAGCUUGGACCAACAAUCACAGCUGCAGUUCAUGGAAUGGGGCUUCGCCAGCGAAGCUGCCGCCGCAGCGGCAAUGGAAGCGGUGGAGGCGGGAAGCGAUGAUGAUGAAGCGCUUGCUGACAGCGACGGGGAGGGCGGGGUGCACACCAGCGUGCCGGGCGCCGAAAUGGAUACGCUUGGUGGCACAGGAGCCGCAGCCACUAGUGCUAUGGGUGGCAGCCAUGGAAUUUCAGGCGGCAGCGGCCGGUUGGGUUCGUUGAGCCUUGCAGGUGUUACGCACGCUGGUAACGGUGGCGAUGAUGCAGCUGGAGGGCAGCUGCCGGCAGCGCAGCAGCCUUACUUCGACCAAUGGGUGGCACCGCAUGCACAACCGCACAUGACGUUCUUGCCGCAAGCCAUUGCUCAUCGGAUCGUCAAGUCGGUUCGGACGUCGGUUGGCGGCAGCCUAUCCACUGCGCCAGUACGACAGUCUGAGAGCAGCGGCGGCGCAGCAGCGGCGGCGGCCGCCGCUGCGGUUUUCAACUCGGUCGGCGGUGGUGCUGCUGGCCCUGGAAUGCAGGCUGUGACGUGCCGUCGUACACGCGUCGCACGCACGUCUGCCGGUGGUGUGUGGCAGCAGGAGGUGGUCGAGCAGCUAGAAGUGGGUGUGACGCCUACAUCGCCCUUGCCGUACGGGCUGGCCCCGCUUGCUCCUUAUCCAGGCAUGCCACUACCAGGGCAUGAGGAUGCAGGCUUCCCAGGUGCGCCUCACAUGCCUUCAACGGAUGCGAUCGCCUGGUCUGGGCGCAGCUGCAUGAGCGCUGGCUGCGCGGAUGGCGCUAACUGUGCAGGUGGCUCUGUCGCUAGUGGUAGUGCUGCACCCAUGGCUGACAGUGUGGCCGGCGCAAUGCAACAUGUCCCAGCGCAACGCAAGCAGCUGCGUUGCAUUGAUCGUGGCUUGGUAAGCGUGGACGGCGGCGAGUUGCCAGAGCAAGCGCUGCCCACAGGCGUACAUGGCACCGGAAGCGGCGGCGGCAGUGGGCCUCAGCUAAUGUUAUCGCAGCAGCAGCCGGACAGUCCUCCAGCAGCGGCAGCAGGAGCUUCCGAGCCCGGUCCAUUGAUGGCCAACGGAGCCAGACGACUGGUGCAAUCUUACGGCGGCCAUUACCCUGGCUACCCAGCAAGUGGACUGCGGCCUAAGGUGCCGUACAGUGCAUCAGGGAUGGCGUACAGCGACGGUGGCGGCUCGGCAUACGGCGCGCCUUUGCCGCCGCACCCUCAUGCGCACAUGGCGGCGGGCUACCGUGGUCCCGCUGGAGCAUACGGCGGCAUGCCCGUCGCAUGGCCGCACCACCACCCGCAUGCCGCGCCACCCCCGCAUCACCAUCCUGCCUACAUGCCGUACCACAUGUAUGGCGGCUACCGCCACCCGCACAUGGCCUACUCGCACGUGCCGCCGUACGGAUACGCGCCGCACCCAGCACCGGCCGGCUACUCCUCCAUGCCGCCAUCCUACCAUGUGCCCAUGCCGUACCAUCCGUACGGCAUGCCCAUGCAUGCAUACGGGCAAUAUUACCCCGCCGAGGUGGCCGCUGCGGGUGCUGACCCUGCUGGACCUGUUAUGGCGGCGACGGCUCCUGCUGCGGCCAACCAAUUGCCCGAAAGGCCCGUGGCCUCCAUGCCUCGUCCGCAAGAGCAACAACCCAUGCGGCCGCAGCAGCAACAGCAUCCUCAGCAGACCCAGCAACCGCGACCAGCUCAGGUGCCGCAGUCGCAGGCCCAGAAUACUCAACCGGCAGCUGCCGCCGCAGCCGGCGGUGGAAUCGGCAGCGGCUCGGGUCCCGUUGCAAGCAUGGGCGCUCCCUCAAACUUCGUCCGCCCCGCACCACAGCCGCUGCAGCUGUCGGAGUUGCCUCCCGAAGGAUGCGGCAUGCUGCUGGGAGGCACCCUGGACUCGCUGAGCCCGUCCACCCUGAACGGCCUAUCAGGACUGUCUGGAUUGGUGCUGGCGGAGAGCGAUGCCGAGGGAGAGGAAGCGGCCAGCGCUGCGGGUGAGGUGCCAAAACCAGCGCAGCACCAACAGCUCCAGGAUGAGGGGCAUGCGGUCGGCGCUGUUGCCGACGCCAGUCGUGCAGGCCACUCGCCUGCUGGGGAGGCACGCUUGGAAGCUCAGACAUGCGGUCCGGAGGAGCAGGUGACGGGGCUGUGCCGCAGUGCACAUGGUGCGGAGAGCUUGCAAGACGUCCAUAUGGAUGAGCCCCGAGGAGCUGUGGUAGCAGGGAUUACGGCGGCAGCAGUUACUCAGCGGCAAGAGCAAGCGGAGGCCCCGUCGUCGCACGUACCAAUUUCCGCAUGCGUACCCCAAGUAGCAAUGGAGGUGAAGGAGGAUGCAAACAUGGAAGAUAAGCCUCGUGUGGGGCCGGUGCUACAUCCGCAGCCGAGCAACACUGAAGGUCCUGCUGCCAUGGAGGCGGCCUUCGGUGGCCCUUUCAUGCCCCCCUCGCCUGCUGAGGAUGCCACCGUCAUUAUCACCACCACCUCCCGGCAUGCCGGCGCCUUCAGGGGCACCGGAGCGGCGGCCACAGCAGAUGCGCCCGGCCAGCUCCUCGCUUCCUUCUCAGCCACUGGCUCCUUUGACGUCUCUGAUCUUGCGUCCCUACCAACACCCCGCAGCAGCUGUGGCGGGGUUGCCUGCCCCGGUGGUGGCGGUGGCGGCGACAGCUGCACCAUUUCCUUUCCAGGCAGCACCACAGUCAGCGAAGGCGGAGGCGCGGAAGGCACUGCCAACGUGUACUUCAAGACGCCCAAAGUCGCUGCCGUGGUCAAACUCGAGUGCGACCAGGCAACCUACGGCAACCCAGCCACCUCUUCCGAUGCAACCCUUCCGCACCCCUACCAGUCUGCUCAGCACCAGGCACUUUACGCCCAGCAGCAAGGCCUUCAGCAGUCGCAGCAGCCACGGCUCCGUCACGACCUAGGAGCCUCAGAUGGGGCGGCUGCGGCAGCUGCAGCGGCAGCAGAGGUGCAGGCAGAAGGGCCUCACAAGCCCCGGUACCGCAAGAGUGGUGGCGGCGGCGGUGCCCCGGUUCCCGUGACAGUUCACGUGCUGCAGGAGGAGGUACUGCUGAUGCCGCAUCUGGCGUCCCUUGGCUCGCUCGGGGACAUUGCGGCGCUGCACAGCCCCUCGGGUAGCUUGAGCCUGGGUCUGCUGGAGCAGCAGGUGGAGGAUGGCGGGGUGGACUUGGGUAUGUGGGGCUCCUGUGCGCAAUGAGGGAAGGGUGGAGGAAAGGUGGGGGCAAGGCGGUAGACGGCAGCGCGAUUGGCGUGAGGACUGAGUGAAGGCUGGCUUUGAGGGUGUGUCAUAGGUGGUGACACUAUGUAGUCUGACGCGCUGGCAAGCGCAAUCGAAUCUUCCUUGUAUGCGCCCAUUUGUUUGCUUGAGUUCAAGUGUUACAUGCCGGGAUCGCCUUUUCGUCUUGAAUCUAUGUCGCCAUUGUGCUCGUGAAUAAGGGGCAAUUAAGGCGGUUCUAUGUACGUGUUGCGCCUUUCUCUAGAGAUUUGUCGUACUGGGCGCUUGCGACAGGCGCAAACUUGGCGUUGCGUUUGCACUACCGUUCUCUGUUUUUCACAUUCUUGCUUAGUCGCCAUUCUCCUACCCUACUUAUCUUUACCUACCGAGGUUUCACGUUUACCGAACGCGUCAAUCUCAGUAUUCAUGCCCCAUGCUGCUGAUUUCGCCAUGGGCUGAUUGAUCUGGUGACCUACCUACCACGUCAACUGAUGAUAGUUGCAUGUAGCCGUUAGCCUAAGUAUGUAUCACUUGCCAAGCACCGCAGAUGAGACUGGGCCCUGAUUGAUCGUAUUAGGUCUGCCGGUGCGGGUGAUAUCAAUUGGUCAUGGAGGGUGGCUUGUGGGUUGUGCGGUGAUUAACGGACAUGCGCAAAACCACGUUCCAUGUGUUGGCCCUGUAUGAUGUGGUUGAAGUUUGGUUCAGGCGUGUGGAUGUGGCCAUUGAGCCGUGAGACAAACAACAGCAUACAUCGGCAUGGGCGGGUCUGGUAGGGUUUGGACGAAUCCGUGGUCACGCCAUGGCAGGAGGGUAAAGGGCAAUCGGGGGUUUUCAAACAAGGAGGAUGCCAAUGGGUUGCUCGUCCCUGCGUAUUCUCAGCUGGAGGGUGCAUGUGGUUUGGACUGAACUUGGAAGACCGACCGGAGACAGCACGUUCUAUGUCUAGUGGGGAGGGGAAGAUGGCCGUUAAAGGAGCUUUGAUGCGUGUUAACUCAUUUCGGUGCUUUGCAGCGUCAUCCGCCACAUUGUCUGUGAUUGUCCAUAGUUGCUGGCGGUGUUGCAUACUCUCGUGAUCCCAUCCACGACACAUUACGAACAAUGACGUACCAACUGUACCACACUUUGCGUGUCAGGAUCUUGUGACUGGCGGUUUGGCUGUCCGUUGACGAGGCUAGGCUUCGUGUGUAAAGCGACGAUAUCGUGUUAGUUGGGUGAGCUUAGUGUUUCAUUACUGCCAUUGCUAGGCAUGAUCGAGGAUAGGGUUCAUGACGACAUGACUAAUAUUUGUCGUUCGACUGGCUUCACGCCUAAAGGCUAAGCAGCUUAAUUUUGCGGCAAAUACUUACUAAAUUGUACAUACUGUUCUUGUAAGUUACAACCUUCUA